AUGGAGUCGAAGGAAACCCUGGACCCCAUCGCCGGCUUGGACCAGAUGACCACCCCAGAGUCGCGGAGCGCCACCAGCGCGAUGAUUGACUCGCUCCGCAAACGGGGCGUCCGCGCCGACGCCGCGACCUUCGCGCUCCGCAUGCGGCACGAAGGGCUCACGAAGGCCGACCUCGACGCCGCCCGCCAGGUCUUCCAAGCGCUCCUCGUGCGCGGCAUGCAGCCCACCCAGCACCACUUCGCCGCCCUCAUGGAGGGCUACGCGGCGGCCGGGGACCUCACUGCCGCGCGCGCCGUGCUCGAGGCCGCGCGCCUCGCGUGGGUCCCGCCGAACGUCGUCAUGUACACGAUCCUCAUCUACGGCCACGCGCGCGCGGGCGACCCGCGCGGCGCGCUGCGCGUGUUUGAGCAGAUGGUGGACUCGGGCGUGCGCGCGGAUGUGCCUGCGAUCGACGCCGUCGCGGGCGCGUUCUUCGCGGUGGGCGAGGUGCGCAUGGCGAGGAGGGUGCUCGUGGGCUUGUGGGGGCACGUAGGGCCGUUCCCGGAGGAGCUGAGGGAGGCGUCGCUGAUGGAGCUGGCGACGCAUUUCCGCGGCUUGCAUAGGAAAACACCGCGGGGGAAGCUGUCGUGGGAGGAAAUUCGGGCGCUGAGGCGGGAGGUGCGGGACUUGGUGAACGAGUGGCGGAGGAUAGAGUCGAAGACUACGGGGCGAGUAGAGUCGAAGGCCACAGUAGCGCAGAGACCGCAAUCAGACGCAGACCCCAGCUAA